AGCCGCAUCCUCUGCUGGUGACAACGUCCUUUGCCAGCCCCGGAAGGAGACUGUGAGAGUCAGUUGCCGGUUUAGUGAGAGUGUUUGCCAGGAAGCUACCAUUCAUAUUACAGGAGUCGACAUGGGUAGUACAGAGAAAGGGUUAAAUUUAGAGAAAGCUGCAACCUUCAGGAAAAAGCUGAAAUCAUCGCCUCAUUUCCUGCUUGCACAGAAUGUAGCGACGUGUGCCGAUCCAUUGGAGGUGUGCUUGCAGAGGCAGACGGUGCAGGACAGUGUACACGUCUUUCAGCAUACCAUCCCUGCCGAAGGCAAACCAGUUACCAACCAGAAGAACUCAGGAAGGUGCUGGAUAUUCUCCUGCCUCAAUGUAAUGCGUCUCCCUUUUAUGAAAAAGUUUAACAUUGAGGAAUUUGAAUUCAGUCAGUCCUAUUUGUUUUUUUGGGACAAGGUGGAACGUUGCUAUUACUUCCUUAAUGCCUUUGUUGAAACUGCUCAGGAGAAGGAUCCUAUUGAUGGGCGGCUCGUACAAUUCUUGCUUUCAAAUCCUUGCUGUGAUGGAGGCCAAUGGGAUAUGUUGGUCAACCUUAUUGAAAAACAUGGAGUUGUUCCAAAGAAAUGUUUUCCUGAAUCUCACACCUCAGAGGCCACACGACGGAUGAAUGACAUUCUGAACCACAAGAUGAGGGAAUAUUGCCUAAGACUGAGAAACAUGGUAUCAAGUGGGAGCACCAAGGACGAGAUCUCCACAGCUCUGGACACUAUGAUAGAGGAGGUAUACAGAGUUGUCAGCAUCUGCCUAGGGAGCCCCCCAGACACAUUCAGCUGGGAAUACCGAGACAAAGAGAAAACGUUUCACAAAAUUGGACCUGUGACACCCCUAGAGUUUUAUAAGGAGCAUGUUAAACCUCUGUACAAUGUGGAAGACAAGAUUUGUCUUGUGAAUGAUCCUCGGCCAGCAAAUGAAUAUGGCAAAGUGUACACUGUGAAAUUUCUGGGAAAUAUGGUGGGAGGCAGAAGAACCCUGUAUAAUAAUCAACCAAUAGAAAUCCUAAAGAAGCUGGCUGCGUCAUCAAUAAAAGAAGGAGAGGCUGUUUGGUUUGGGUGUGAUGUUGGCAAACAUUUUCACGGCAAACUGGGUAUCAACGACAUGAAAAUAUUUGACCAUGAAUUGGUGUUUGGCCUUUCAAUCAAGAAUCUGAACAAAGCAGAACGACUAAUUUUUGGAGAUUCUCUCAUGACACACGCGAUGGCCCUCACAGCUGUCACAGAGAAGGAAGGUCAGGAAGGAGAAUAUGAGAAAUGGCGAGUCGAAAAUUCAUGGGGAGAUGAUCGUGGAAAUAAAGGGUACCUGAUUAUGACGGAUGACUGGUUUUCUGAGUAUGUCUAUGAAAUUGUUGUGGACAAGAAGUUUGUCCCUGAGGAAGUGCUUGAUGUCCUGAAACAGGAGCCUGUGGUCUUACCAGCAUGGGACCCCAUGGGUGCUUUGGCCUAGCAACAAGUCCCAGCAUUUAGUCCACUCCUCCCAUACCUACUUCUAAUUUUAACCUUUGUACUUUGUUGUGGCCCGAGAAAAAUACAAAUGAAGAAAAAGCUGCAUGUUGCCAGACAUGAGCCAAGUGGGUUUGCAAAGGAUUCCAGGAUUCAGCUGUUCCUAAAUCCACCAGCAUGGCAGAGAGACAUUUUCACUUCAAACAUGGCACAGAAAGUUCCCUAGUAAAAUUGUUAAAUCCGACUCAUUAUUCCAUUGUUCCUUUUUUUUUUUUUUUUUAAAUCCUGUUUGUUACUCAUUGCUGAUUUUAUGAUACUUGUAAUUAAUUUUACUGUUAAUGGACAAACAAAUCUCUACUUUUAUUGUGACGUCAUUAGAGGAAUGAACCUGCCCAAAGCAAUUACAGUUACGGUCACUCAGGAUGAUUAGUCUUUUAUUACUCGCUCGUAUUUCAUGUUAUUGAACAAAUUCAGCACGUGAAAGAUACAAUAAGGCACCAUUUCUCACAUUUGUUUGCUCAUUUUUAUUUAUAUGUUUAUAGUGUUUGCAUUAUCCAACAACUCCAACAGCUUUGGUUAAUAUUGUGUAAAAUCUUCUAGAUACGUAAUUUUACAAGGUUGUACACAUCAGGUGGUGAGUUUACUCAGUUGCAUUUGCCUUGGGUCAAUUAACAUUUUGUUUUUAAAAUAUCACUGCCCCCUUUUAAAGCACAACAAAUAUUUUUAAUAGCUGAAUCAGAUGAAUUUCAGUUUGCAAAAAGCAUAAAGCUACAGUGGAAUAUGUUAAACCUUGUGCUAAUAAAUUAUACCAUUUUAUCUGGUUUUUAGUCGCACAUAAUUUUGUUGAUUGACUUUUAGUGUCAUUUUUGUUUUGUAUUUGCUUUAUUAACAUCUUCCCAUUAGGCAAUGUUGUGUAAAAUAAUUAAGAGAUUUUAUAAGUGCUUAAAGGGAUACUAAAUACAAUUUUGUUUCUUUCAUGAUUCUGACAGAGCAUGCCAUUUUAAACAACUGUCAUUUACUCCUAUUAUCAAUUAUUUUUCGUUCUCUUCUAUCUUUAUUUGAAAAAGCAGGAAUGUAAGCUUAAAAGCUGGCCCAUUUUUGGUUCAGCACCUGGGUAGCGCUUGCUGAUUGGUGUCUAAAUGUAGCCACCAAUCAGCAAGCGCUACUCUGGUUCAUAGCAAGAGAAUUAAGAAAAAUUGAUCAUAAGUGUAAAUUAGAAAGUUGCUUAAAAUUGCAUGCUCUAUCUGAAUCAUGAAAUAAAAAAAUGGGUUUAGUAUCCCUUUAAAUACACGCAAGGCCUCCAAAUGUUUAAAAAAAAAAAAUCUUCAAUGCAAUUUAAUAAAAUAUUUGAAACAAAAUUUAAUAUUAAAAACACACUGCAACUCUCCAUUUUUACUUUGUGUCUAAUCUGCAGAUGAUGUGUUAUGUUUCUCAAAUGCCACUGAUUUCCAUGUGUCUUUAUAAACUGAACAGAUAACAGCUGCCCACUUACUAUGGCUUAUUUUUAUGAUUUGUAUUAUGUUUCUUUUUUAUGAUUUAUCUUUGGGCUUUUAAUGGUGCUUUGAAAUUUUUAAUAAAUCAUUUUCAUAAUCAAA